AUGGGCGACAAAACCUCCGCCAAAUUCACCACUCUGGGUGCCAUCAUCCAGGAAUUUAACGUGGACGGCCAGAACAUCGUCCAGGGCUUCGCUACGAAGAAACUGUACGAAAAACACAACAGCCCCUGGUUCGGUGCCAACAUCGGCCGGGUGGCCAAUCGGAUCAAGGGCGGAAUCAUCCGCAAUCUCAAUGGCCGUGAAUAUCAGCUGGAGCAGAAUGAUCCUCCCAAUGCCCUGCAUGGCGGCAGUCAAGGCUGGGGCCGAUGCGACUUCGAGGGUCCAACGGUCCUACAGCGAAACGGCAAGGAAACCCUACUUUAUACCUAUCGGAGUGUCCAUAACGAAGCCGGGUACCCGGGCACCGUGGACUUGAAGGUCUUCUACACAGUCAGCGAGGAGGUGGACGGUGACAUCACCCGAUCGGUGCUGGAUAUUGAGUACGAGGCCGAAUUGGUCGGCGAUGAAUGUGAGGAAACAGUCAUCAAUUUGACCAACCAUAGCUAUUUCAACCUGGGCAGUGGCGCAACCACUGAAGGCACUAUCGCCAAGCUGUCUACACAAGAUUACUUGCCCCUGGAGGGUGGGAUUCCACGCGGCCCAAUCGAACCGUAUCCCAGCGAAGUGACGAAAGAUUUCACCUUCGGCCCUGACAAUCAGUUCGACGAUAUUUUCGUCGUGGAGCGCGAGAUCGCCCGCGUGCCGCUCGAUACGCGCGGACAGCCCCUCCAGCUGCAGGCCGAGUUCCGCCACCCGGCCUCGCAUCUCAACUUGCAGGUGUACAGCACAGAGCCUGCAUUCCAGUUCUACACGGGCCAAGGCAUUGACGUGCCGGCCACGGAAGGGAACCCGAGCCGCGGGCCGUUUGCUGGCUUUUGCAUCGAGCCCAGCCGCUUCGUCAACGCCAUCAACGAACCGGCCUGGCGGCACACCGUGGUGCUGAAGAAGGGAGCUCAGUACGGCAGCAAGAUCACCUAUAAGGCUUGGAGAGACCCGAGGUAA